UGCUGCUGCAGCCUGAGGAGAGCGAGACACACUCAGGCCCCGAAAAAAGAAAAAUAAUUUUAAAAAUUUGGAAAAAAUAAUAAAACAACAGAUCGAGGAGAGAAAGACCGGGAAAGGUGAUGUGGGGGCUCCCACGGACAGUGAAGAUGCAAAGCGAAACCAUUAAGUCACCCCCAACCACUGCUGUUGGAACUGGGUGAGAAAGGGGAAUCCACACACCAAUCGCCCCAAGAGAUUUCAGACCUGCAGACACACAGAAGCUACAGACAAGAGCCCUAGCUGAAUCCUCUCCAGCUCCCAGCUCUGACCGAUACCCCGCACUACACAGCCACCACCCAAGCAGAGCCUGGAAGGCAGGGGAGCCACCGCCAUUUUCUCAUGGCCCCGGCACCCUAGGGCUGCCAUGGCAGCUGCUGCCACCGAUGCCCCACGUCAGAUUACCGCACUGAGCCCGCAGGACGAGGAACGACGAGCCACCGCCAAGCUGUUCGGAGGCACGCCGCGACUAGAGAGAGAGAGAGAGCAAGAGAGGGAGAGAGAGAGGGAGUGGGAGAGGGAGAGACGCAGAGAGAGGGAAAGGGAGAGUGCGGGAAGAACGAGCGGGAUUGUGUGUCCAGCGUGCGGCGUUUUCUUUGGCUCGCAGGACAAGCUCCGCCUCCACGCCUACUGUCACACGGGAGAGAAGCCCUUCCGCUGUUCCCAGCCACACUGCAUCAAGGCCUUUGUCUCAAAGUACAAGCUUUUCAGGCAUAUGGCCACACACUCUCCACAGAAAACCCACCAGUGCUCAUUCUGUGAGAAGAUGUUCCACCGCAAGGAUCACCUGAAAAACCACCUGCAGACCCACGACCCCAACAAAGAGGCCUUCAAGUGCGAGGAGUGCGGCAAGAACUACAACACCAAGCUGGGCUACAAGCGGCACAUGGCCAUGCACGCGGCCACCAGCGGCGACCUCACCUGCAAGGUGUGCCUGCAGAGCUAUGAGAGCACGCCCGUGCUGCUGGAGCACCUGAAGAGCCACUCGGGGAAGUCCUCCGGCGGGGCCAAGGAGAAGAAGCACCCCUGUGACCACUGCGACCGCCGCUUCUACACACGCAAGGAUGUACGGCGUCACAUGGUGGUGCACACCGGCCGCAAGGACUUCCUGUGCCAGUACUGCGCCCAGCGCUUCGGCCGCAAGGACCACCUGACCCGGCACGUGAAGAAGAGCCACUCGCAGGAGCUGCUGAAGAUCAAGACCGAGCCGCCGGACAUGCUGGGUCUGCUGGGGUCCGGCUCCCCGCCCUGCCCCAUAAAGGAAGAGCUCAGCCCCAUGAUGUGUAUGGGCCCCUCCAAGGACUCCCUGAUGGGCAAGCCCUUCCCCGGUGCCUUCCCCAUGGGCAUGUACAACCCUCACCUGCAGGCUAUGUCCAACUCAGGGGUGUCCCAUCACUCCCUGGUGUCCGGGUCGCUGUCUGCAGCCAUGGGAAUGGGCUGCCACAUGGAGUCCCCCUCCCCCCUCCACCAUCCCCACCCCCACCAUCACCACCACCACUCUCCCCCAUCCCUCCAGCAGCCUCCACAGCAGCAGCAGCACCCCCCGCCACCGCCCAAGUACCAGCUCGGAUCUACCUCAUACCUGCUGGAGAAGCCCCUGAAGGUGGAGAUGGAGAGCUUCCUGAUGGAUCUGCAGAGUGGCCUGCCGGUGCCGCCCCCGGUGGAGCCCCACGGCACCUCCUCGCCUAAGGAGGGGCUGGAGCACACUCAGGCCCUGCAGGAUGACCUUUGUGGGGAGCACCUCCUGUCCAAGAGCCCAGCCGUCAUUGCUGAGUCUCUGUGUGCUGCUAACAUGGACUUCUCCCACCUGCUGGGUUUCCUGCCUCUCAACCUGCCCCCGUACAACCCCCCCAUGAGCGCCAGUGGCCUGGUGAUGGGGUACUCCUCCUCCUCAUCCUCCUCAUCCUCCCACACAGCCGAGCCCCACGCAGCGCCUCUUACCUCUUUGCAACCGCAACCUCAGGAGCUCCCGGGCUCCAGCGGGGGCCUCAGCCUGGGGCCCCUGCACUCGCUCCCUCCAGUGUUCAGCACCAGCCUCAGCACGACCACCCUGCCUCGCUUCCACCAGGCCUUCCAGUGAGGGCCGCCCCCCACUCUGCCCUGCCGCCCAGGGUCCAGGGUUCAAGGGUCAGGGGUCAAAACACUUGAACACUUAGAAGCCUUAAUUAAAGCGCACAAAAGCUUUUGAUUGAGCCCGGAGGAAGCUAAAACCCUUUAUUAUAAAAAAAAAAGACUAAGAAGCUUUUAUUUAGGCUUGCGUUCAAUACUUUAGCUAUUGUUUUUUUGUUAACCCCCCUUUCUCCAACCCUUCCCGUUUCUGUAGUUAGAGGCAGCAUCAAUGAGCCAGAAGGCAUGGUACUGCAGUCUUUAUAAAGUAAUAAUAUUGAUAAAAAAAUUACAAAGAUUAAUUUAGAGAAGAUAAUCUGUGUUAUUAUUCAGAAAGACUAGCUUGAAGUGGAUUACGAUACUUUUGCUUUUCCAAAUGUGAGAUGUAACCAGCUACAUUGUCUCUCCUUUCUCUCUUACCAGUAAGAUCUUGAAGUAAUUAUUCUUGAACACAAACUCACAGAAAAGAGUGAAAAAUGAGUGUAGGAGUGAAGUAAUCACAUCGAGCCCAAAGGUCACACUUGAAAGGGAAGAGUCACGUUAGAGUAUCUCACAGACAGACAAGACUCAACCAUGCAUAAAAAGAGCAGUGCUUCUCUUUAUCAUUAGAACCUAACAAUGUUUUUGUUUAAACCAAAUUAUAGAAAGUAUAAGAAACAAAAAGCAAACGUGUCUGUUCUUGUAAGACACAUUUGAGGAUUGUUCAUAUGGUAACAGGUAUUACUCUAUUGAGAUCUGAAAGAUACACGAAGGAGCAAAAGAGUCCUUUAAAAUCUGACAUGCACGCAAAGAUGCCACAGUAAUAGUGUGAAGUGUCCAAGUCUCUGUUUUCUAUUCUGCUGUUUGGCUGACACAGAGAGAACAUUUUGCCAUUUUUCUGAAGCUAUAUCAUUGCAAAACAUUGCAACACUGAAUACAGUUUAGUCAAUGAAGUGACAUUAAUGAACAUGUUUGCAGAAGUGCAUGUUACAGAGAGCGAACGAGAGAGGAUAAAUUAUUUUAAUAGAAAAAAAACUAUAUUAAUGUCAGUUUCUCUGCUGUCAUCCAGUGUGAUAUGGCAGUCCUGGGAAAAUGAGACAGAAUGUGGCUUUGUUAAGUAAAGCACUUUUUUCAGCAGAUGGCACUUCACCUGUUGGAGUUGGAUGAGCAACUCCAAAAACUUGUGUGGCAAGCCCUUCCCCUGUGAUUCCCCAGCCAAACCAAUUAACAACAAACAUGACCAAACCAAAUAAACAAGACUAGCAACUUUUUAACAUGGAAGGGAAACCGAAAGAGGCCUAUAGCCCUAAUGCUCCCAUAAAGUGAUUUGGUUUUUAUCCUUUACGCCAUCUUCCUUCUGGCACUCAUUUUGAUGGGUCGUCUUGAGGCAGUGAGAGAGCUUCUGCUCCAACCCGCUUUGUGUUAAAAAUCUUGAGAAGAAUCAUAUAUAUCUUAGGCAGUUUAUUUUUUCUAGAAAUUCAUGGUAAUAAUAACCCUGACAUAUGUGAAUAGUAAACAAAAAUAACAAUGACAAUUAAAACUUGUAUAAGAAUAUUUUUGCAGUGUACAAAAUACAUCAAAAAUAUAUAUUAUAAUUGCUUUUAUUUCAGUAAAGUGUAUGGUAGAUAGAUAGAUUAUUAAAAAAACAAAUUGCUGAUGGUUUUCUUAUUGUCUGGCAGGUUUACAUGUGUGUGUAUCUUGCAUUUUAUUGAUCAAAACAUGGAUGAAGUAUUAGCUUUCUCUAUUAGAAUUAUUUUAUGUUAUUUUCCCCUUUCAUGUAUGUGAGAAAGAAAAACCAAGAACCUCAACUGUAGACAGACAGAAGUAAAAUAUGGCAACAUACCAAAUUAGAAAGGGCUUAGUGUUUUACAUUAUACUCUGCCUCUA